ACACAGAGAGCAGGUGUGCCGAUACACAGAGGCAAAGUGAUUGGUCGGGAUCCUCUGAGGACACUUUGUGCUUGUGUAAAUACACACACACACACACACACACACACACACACACAUGGGGAACACAUUUACAUAGACCUUAUGAAAGCAUGCCAUUCUUCCUCCACUGUAAACCUCUUUGCAGUGCAUACAUUCACAAGACAAAGACAUUCCCAUGCAUGAAUACAAUCAGGCAAUAAAAGAUUUACAGCUUGCUGCUGGCACCCACACUCAGUUCUAUUCACACAACUCAAACAUGUUUCCAAGUGUUGUCAUUUGAAAAAGGAAACCAGAUGCUCUUCACAAUAUCAGAUUCUUCUCCCUUGAGGGUAGAGCAGGUUUACACCCACAAACAGAUCUGCUGAAAUGAUCUACAGCUCUCAACAAAUCAACAAAUCUUGUCCUAACACAACUGCACCGCAUACAGGACAACUUCUAAACAACGCCUCGGUUUAUCACCGGUGCCACAGAAAAAAGGAACAAAAUUUCAUGAGAACUAAAGGUGGGAGGAAGGUACCUUUGUUUGCAUUUGCUUUCUAUUGUGGUCAUUUGCACGCACAUCUAGUGAGACUGAAAGUGCGCUGCUGCAGCCUCAAAAAGGAAGUAGGCGAGGUCUGUUUUGACACCAACGGUGCAAAAAUAAAAAAAAACAUUCCAAGAGUUACUAUUUUGAAGUGUGACUCUUUAUGUUAAAUGAUGAAACACUCGGGGACAGAAGAUAGGAAAAGGACUUGAUGGUUCAAGAGAUUUUUUUAUGUUUUUAAGAUUUGUUUCAGCUGUUUGUUUCCAUGGACUCUACUGGAUUAUUUUUUAAAACCAAAGAUUGGGCAGACAUUUUGUUAAAACAUCUGAAGAUUUCAAUCUUGAGGAAAGAGUGAGAUAUUCUGUCUUCCGGAUUACACAGAUUAAACACUGUGGCAAUGCCUGUGAUUGUACUAGAGGCCAGAGACUUCACCAGUCCUCUUUUCCUGGUGCGGACAUUGGAAGUGUUAUUCUGCUGUACAGCCUUGAGUCUGGUGGCCUCACUGGAACAUGAGGAGUUAAACCAUCUUGCUGACCACAACACGUUCAAGAUCUUCUGCAUGUUUACCUGGUGCUUCUUUUUCACCCUGACCCUCCUUAUCCACAUUCUCAGCAUCAUCCAGUUUCACAGCCUCAUCCCAAUUUCGUGGAAGAACCUGACGAUGACGGUGGCUGUGUUGGGAGCGCUGAUGAGUCUCAGCACUUCUGUGGUUUUCCCUUGGAUCAUUAUGGAUCAUAAAAACAUAUCGCCGCGCCCUGUGGCGGCAGCAGCAGCCUCCUGUCUCACCACCUUGGCCUACAUCGCCGAGUCCUUCGUGCUCAGUACCCAAGCCCAGGAGCAGAGAGGCUACAUGGGCAGCAUGCCAGGUGUCCUGAAGAUACUCCAGCUGUGGGGAGGCUGUCAGAUGAUACCUCUGCUUGUGGAAGUUUUUAUACUGGCCGACAGAGUUCAUUGGUGGCAGCUAUGGGCGUCUGGCGUGUCGUGCGGCUUCUGUGUCUUCCUGUCUGCAGUCACACUGGUGGUAAUAUUGGGAGACUUUGCCAGACGAUGCCUCCUUCCUUUUGACAGAUUUUUGGCAGGCUUCAGUCUGAUCGGGGUCUUGCUCUACAUGUUGGCCACAGUGAUUUGUUUCACCAAGAUACUGCAGCUGAGAGGCCACGGACCAAGUGCCCCCACCAAAAACAUGGAGCUGGUAAUUAUGGAAACGGUGGUUUCCAGUAUCACACUGUUAGCUUACACAGUGGACCUUGCCUUCUCUAUUAAACAAUUGUGUGACAGGAGCCAUGUGUGAAGUUCAACAUGUGAAGUCUGUAAAGGUUUAUGAGAAAACCAUGACUAUUGCAAGUAUGUAACAGUCAAACUGAAUGUUUUUGCUCUCAUCAAAUUCUCUUUGUGGAUAUAAACUUAAAAUCAAGAAACUGUAUAAAGCUGACAUCCAUAAUGAAAUUGUAGUGUUCCACGGAGUUUUAUAUGUGGGAAUGAUUUGACUAAAGUGAAAGAGGUAUAUGUCUUUUAUCUUUCAGUUCCUUAUAACACACAUACUGUACAACCGCUAAAGGUGGGUUAUGUGACAGGUCCAUUGUUUAUGGACAUAUUGUGGGUUGUGUGUACUGGUGUGUGUUAAAAGUAAAAAAUAUAAUUCUG